AUGAACCAGGGAACUAAAUCCACAGGCGCAGAGAUUCGCAUACAGAACCAGAAUUCAGAGAAAGCGGCGAGAUAUUUUUCCACUCCGCAUCGGCCAUUUGCAUUGCGCGACUCCAACAAAUUCGACGCCCCUGAAUUGGCCAACAUUUACAUUUCGACGGCGGAACAUGUGCAUGAUUUCUCAAUUAACCGCAGUUCAGACCCUCGUGCUCAUCGACAACGUCCCUGCAAAACACCACCAUCAGCAAGAGCCCCGGCCAUGUAUUUCCCUCUUGCGACUGUAGUGGCGGCCUUUUCCCUCCUCGCUCCUUCACAAGCGCUGUACCUGUACAUUGACGGCACGUCGCCAAAAUGUUUCUAUGAAGAUUUACCAAAGGACACGUUGGUCGUCGGCACAUACAAGGCCGAAGCUUACUCGCCCGCAACCUCAACCUUUCGAACCACGUCGGAGCUCGCCAUCCAGGUAACGGUCGACGAAGUCUUCGACAAUGACCACCGCGUCGUGACUCAGACGACCACCUCCUCAGACACCUUUUCAAAGUUCACAUUUACCGCGGCCGACCCGGGCCUGCACAGACUGUGCUUCACCCCCUCCGGCCCGGCAGCCAUCAGCGUUGGAGGUUGGUUCUCGGGUUCGGCGGGCUCGACGAUAGGUGGGGUGAAGUUGACCCUCGACAUGGCCAUCGGUGCCACGUCCAAGAUCGAGUCCGAGGACAAGUCAAAGAUCGACAACAUCGUGAGCAAGGUCAGGGAACUCAAUGGGAGACUUACGGACAUCCGGAGAGAGCAGGUUUUCCAAAGGGAACGAGAGGCGGAAUUCCGUGAUCAGAGCGAAGCUACUAAUGCCAAAAUCGUUCGGUGGACCUUGAUUCAGCUUGGUGUUCUUGGUGUUACAUGUGCAUGGCAAUUGUCACAUUUGAGAUCAUUCUUUAUCAAACAAAAGUUGACAUAGAGCGUCGAAUUGGACCCGAAAAAGAAAACCAUAAAUGACUAUGAGCUUAACGACUUGGUUCGUUGGACUGGCUGUAUUAUAGCACUCGGUUACUGAGACUGAUGAGCGUGUCGCAUAGACUGACCAAUAUACCGUGACACGGAAACAAGUGCUUCAUGUCCUAGACUCCAUGGAUUCAG